CCAAAUCCCUGGCCGGAACUAAAGUGCUUGUUCCUACCCGAGUUACAAAACGUGAUGCACCGUUAAUGCCAGUGCUCCGGCAUCUGAUUCCCGUCUUCACCGAUGGACUGACAUCAGCUGGCAGAGAUGUUGCUGAAAGAUAUCCCCCGGGACGCCCUGUUGCGGCCCUUAUCCAGGAACGAGGUGGUGGGCAUGAUUUUGAGGUUGACCAUCUUCGGCGCUGCGACUUAUUACGGCAUCAAAUGGGCGAUGGACGCUAUGGACCCGACCUCCAAACAGAAGAGCCAAGCCAAGAAAAGGGCAGAACAGCUGAUGAGGAGGAUCGGCGUUGAGGGCGUCAGUCUGACAGAGUAUGAGAUGAACAUUGCGUCUCAUCUAGUUGAUCCGCAUACGAUGAAGGUGAGCUGGAGAGAUAUCGCCGGUCUGGAUGAGAUUAUCAAUGAGCUGCAGGACACCGUCAUCCUGCCCUUCCAGAAAAGACACCUUUUAACUGGAUCCAAGCUCUUCCAGCCUCCAAAAGGUGUUUUAUUGUUUGGUCCUCCGGGAUGCGGGAAGACCAUGAUCGCCAAGGCAACGGCCAAAGCUUCGGGCUGCAAGUUCAUCAACCUGCAGGCGUCCACGCUGACGGACAUGUGGUACGGCGAAUCACAGAAGCUGACCGCUGCCGUCUUCUCAUUGGCCAUCAAAAUCCAGCCGUGCAUCAUCUUCAUCGAUGAGAUUGAGUCGUUUCUGAGGAACCGCUCCAGCCUGGACCACGAGGCCACAGCCAUGAUGAAGGCCCAGUUCAUGAGCCUGUGGGACGGCCUGGAUACUUCCUCCACCACCCAGGUGAUGGUGAUGGGAGCCACGAACAGACCACAGGACGUAGAUCCGGCCAUUCUGCGCAGGAUGCCAGCCACCUUUCAUGUUGGCCUGCCGAGCUUGAGGCAAAGACAAGACAUCCUGAGGCUGAUUCUAGCGGGAGAAAACCUGAGCAACGCCAUCAACCUGAAGGAGAUCGCCGAGAGGACUGAAGGUUACUCGGGCAGCGACCUGCGCGAGCUCUGCAGAGACGCCGCCAUGUACCGAGUCCGAGACUACGUCCGUAAGGAGCAGAUGAGGCAGAUCGCUCAGCAGCUGCAGGACAGCGAGGAGGAGGAGAGGCCGGUGGACGAGGAGCGCUUGCGGCCGGUCACCCAGCUGGACCUCCUCUUCGGCCUGGACAAGAUGAAGGAGUCCAAGCAGGCCACGGCCUCCAUGCGGCCGCUGGAGGUACCGCUGGACUAAACACUGCACCAUAAACACGGGGAACACUUCCUCCUCUUUUAUCCAGAAUAUCAGAGGCUCCUCGCGUGCCGUUGGAAGAGCAGGAACAUCUGACUUUCUAUUCAUUUUAUUUAUAGAACAAGGGUUUGUUUGUUUUACUGAGCAUGCUCACUUUAGCACAACCUGCUCCAUGUGGAAAACACUUUGACUCAAAUUGCGAAACAGGAGGGAAUGAUCAUUUUUCACUGCUGUUACAAACUGCUUUACUACACCACUAUAAGGUUUCAUAUACUGUCCUUAAAAGUGCAUUUCACACGAUCAUAAUCAGCGGAUUAAGCAUGGUGAUUUGUGAGUUAUAACUCCGGACGUUUGCAGCUAGAUUUCUAAAUCAACUUUCUUUAACGGGUGUUUGAUAACAAAGGCUUGAAUCCUUUUAAUCUGAGCUCUUUGGAAGAUAUCGUUUAUGUGGCCUUGGUGCUCCUCUGUCACAUAAUUCAUCUCAGCAACAAAUAACAAACAGCUUUUCAUUACCAGGAAACACCAAUCUAACUUUAAUGGCUUUCCUGUGGUUUUCUGAACCCGCUUACUCUCUCCUGCUGGUUGAACUGAUUCUGUUUUGACUUGACCAGUAUUUGCACUCCACGAUCAUUUCCAUUUGUUGAUGUUGACUUGAUUGCGUCGUGACUUUUAGCAGUAAAGGAGGAUGCAUUUAUUCAGUGUUAGGAUGCACCAGAACACAGUAGCAAUGCAAUCCUUUUCAGGCACCAUUACAUAUGUCUUUCACCUAGGUACUGUAGAUAAAAGCAAAUAACUAAACUAACAUUUGAUUUGUGUCAAUAGAGUUUAAACUGUAAUAGGAAGAGCUUAUAAACUGAGCUACAGGUGGCAAUAAAGACACACAUAUAAGCUUUUUCAUCACUAUUAACCAUUAAUCUGCUAUUAAUGGCUGUAAUAAUACACAUACCUGAUUAUACCAGCUGUUAGCAGGUGAAUUAUAGGACCUGUGCAGUGUGCAUGUCUGUGAAUGUCAAAGAUAACUGCUGGGUUAGAGUUGAGGAUGCUUUAAAUGCAAGUGAAGUUACACGAUAUAAAGGUCAUACGCUGUUUUAGUUACCUCACAAUGUUCAGAUUGUCCUGGGGCACAAAGAGUCUUUUUCACGUGUCAUAUUUAUUGUGCCGUUAUCACUUUGAAUGUUUGUAAUAAUGAACUUCCUGUCAUCGCUGCGACGCACAGUAGGUUUCUUUUAAUCUCACUCGAAAGAAAAAGUGGCUUUAAAAUUCAAAGACUUUCAAUCAUUCCCACGUUGUUGUGACAUGCUUCUCUCACUCCUCCGUGUAUAAAAAAGCCUCAUUAUUCUCCACACGGUCACAGCAUGUGCUCUUAGAUCUGUUUGUGAGUCUCUUACAGACCUUUCUUCCUCUCACGCUGUAAAGAUCAUUCGUGCAUGACCACCAGAGAGCGCUGCAGCGUCAGGAGUAACAGCCUGACGACUCUUUAUGUGUACAAUAUUGAACUACCAACCUUUAAGUCUCAGUCCAGUUGUCAGGAAUGGCGUGUCCCUUAAAUAAUAACACUUACAGCAAACACAAGUAACAAUUCAAACAAUAUGUCUUGCUUUAACAAAGAGUGAGGGUCUGUUCGAGCAAACAAUCAGUCCAAUAAUGAAAAGACUUUCCCGGAGUUUUAAUCCGUCAUUUGAUUUUGCAAAUAGUUUGAGUCCAUGCUUCCAUUUGUUGUCAUUUGUAAACAGAAUGUUGAUUAAAACAUAUUAAAUUAUAUGUACAAAAAGUUCUCCAGCUGUAAUCUACAUCACAUUAAGAGGAGGGUGUAGCUGGAGUAGAAAAAUGCCCUUUAGUCUCCAUAUCUCCCUCACAGAAUCCACCUGUUUUAGGAUCCCAGUUACAUAGUUUAUAAUGAUGAUGAUGAGUACUUUAACAUAUGCAGAAAGCAGCUUAGGGUGGUUAGACAAUAUGGCAAUAACACUAUCAGAACAUUCAAUUCAGGUCAAAAAAUAAAAGAGAAUAAAUACAAAAACUAUAUUCAAAAUAAUCCCAGUCAGUAAACGUAAGAAAGACGAGACCGAAAUAAUAAAUACAUUUAAAAAUAGAACGAAACAAUAAAAAAGAGUAAUGAAAAGAAAGACCAAUUAAAGGUUGCUAAUUAAGUGUUCAUUAAUGGGUGAAUUUGCCUCUUCCUGGUACAAACGUCCUCCUUCCUUUUAUUUUGGUGGCCUUUUUUAAAUAUUAAACAGGGACAUAAAACUAUAGAAAACCAGUGGGGAUAAGAGGGUGCCAUUAAGGCUAUUAUAUACCAGUGGAAGUUCUUUAAAACCAAUCUUUUAAAGGAGUGUUUGGAUGGAGAAUAGCCGAGAAAUGGAGUAGUUGUAUAGCGUCAGGUUGACAGAAAGACAUCAAAACACAUCUGUUGCUCUUCAGAGUUCCUCACGUGAAAGGUCAACAUGUUUCGACGGUGUCUCUGCAGAUCACACGUAAUAUUCCAGCUUCUCAGAGCAGAUGUGUCGAUGCAAUACCAGGUCGUUCAUUAUUUAUGUGUCAAAUGGAUAAAGUCUGUCCAUAUUGAAAUGUCACGUGUGUGUGUGUGUGUUGUUGUUAACCGUGUACUGUAAAGUGUAUUUAUUAAAUGACACUGAGGAAAGUAUUUAUUAAGUGUCACCUCGGUUAUGUUCAUCAUGGAUCUCCUCCUGUUUGUCUUUGUCCUCGUUUGAGUGUAAUAAUUGUAAUUAUUUUCAAACAAUACCUAUUAUAUCUUAACCCGUAAUUACUCAAAUAAACGUAUUACAUUGU